AUGGAUGGAUUCACAGAAGCUCUAAAUGAACCCAAGGUUCCAACAAAACGGAAUAGACCUGGUUCCCCAGACAGUUCACAUUCGAGAUCUUCCUCUCUAUCCAAGAACUCACUACAAGACCGCCUAUUUACAAACUGCAGGGUCCUCCAACAAGUCAUCCCGGACGAUGAGGAUGAAACUGAUUCAUUGGGAGAUAAGGCUUCGGCCUCUCCUAAGAAACCGGCUUUCAGUUUGCCUGUAAUGGCAAAUAAUUUCCGUCGCUUUAAUGCAAGAAUCGGUGUGGUAUUUCUGUUUCAGAGCCGUGUUGAGCAACUAUUCACCUGGGACACUCCAACCCAUACCAUCUCUUUCCUUUUUGUCUAUUCUUUCAUCUGCUUAGAACCUCAUCUCCUUUUGGUUUUGCCCCUAGUGGUUCUAUUGCUCUUUAUAAUGGUGCCAGCCUUUGCGACUCGUCACCCACCACCUCCAAAUACCUCGACGUCCAGCACUACUCCUUACUAUUCCUAUGAUGGACCAGCACUGGCACCAGCCAGGACUAUUAAACCAGCGCCAGAGACUUCCAAAGAUUUCCUUCGGAAUAUGCGAGAUCUACAGAAUUGCAUGGCUGAUUUCUCAGACGCCCACGAUGCGGCUAUCUCUGUUAUUGCGCCACUGACGAAUUUCUCCAAUGAGAAGCUCUCUUCAACUCUUUUCCUCGGAUGCACGAUUGCCAUAGUAGUAUUGUUUAUCAGUGCGCAUCUGCUUCCCCUCAAAAUUGUGAUGCUUGUUGGUGGCAAUGCGCUGGUUCUCUCCAUCCACCCAACGGUGGGACAAUUCCUCUCCGGUCUGAUGCAAGAUAUGACCGGAGAUUCCAUAGACUCAGAUUCGGAUGAGAAUGAUGGACUCGCCUCAGCUGUUCCUGCAGACCCAUCUGCAGCGAUGUCAGCAAUGGAAAAACUCGCAGAUAUCUCCUUGGACACAUAUCCUGAAGAGCGGGAGGUGGAAAUUUUUGAGCUGCAGCACCGGGCUGUGGGAACGUCAGAGUCUGGGUGGGAGAGCUUCCUGUUCAGUCACGCGCCAUACGACCCGCUAUCACCAUCUCGCAUCGCGGGGGACCGACCCCGUGGCUGCCGAUUCUUUGAGGAUGUCCGUGCCCGCGUGGCUGGGCUUGGAAGAGCAAGAAACUGCCGUGAAUGGGUGGUGGAGCGCAUGAUCACCAGUGUUGGGUUCGAGGUCCCGGGCGUAAACGCCGAAGGCAACGCCAUUGUUGGAGAAGUUGGUGGUUGGGUCUGGGACUUGCCUCAGACUCGACAGGAGUCAGAUGACGAUUUGACCUUAGCCUACGGAGACCUGCCUGAGACACUCUCUCCGAAGAAAAGUAAGAGCAAGGAGAAGGAGAAGGAGAAGGAGAAGGCGAAAUCACGGGAUUGGGAGGAAGGGAAUGCGUCCUACGGGGUGGGAGAAUGGAGACGCCGACGAUGGGUACGAGUAGUGCAACGAAUAAGCCUUCCGCCGGAGGGGGUUGUCACCUACUCGACGCUCAGUAGUAACACCUAA